AUGGCAACUGGGAAAGACAGAUACAAUUGCAUUUUCGAGCAAGGAUAUUUUGAAACAAAUCGUGAGAGUGAAGGACAAAUUAUCAGAAGAGAAAUCCAAGUUUCUAAAGACGAAGCAGUAAAGACAAUAAUUCACUACCAAUAUGUUGCAUGGAAAUCAAACGAAUCUCCCGAAACAACUUCUGAUGUAAUUGAACUCAUAGAGAAAAUGCAAUCAAGCGUAAGAAGAAACAAAGAAGCAACUGCUCUGAUUCAUUGCAGCGAUGGUGCUGGAAGAACUGGAACAUUCUGUGCAAUAUUGAAUUUGAUUGAAAGAUUAAAAUGCGAAAAUAGGGUUGACGUCUUCCGGACAGUAAAAGAUCUACGUGACUGCAGACCUGGAAUGGUCCAAACUUUGGAUCAAUAUCGGUUCUGUUUCGAAACUGUUUCAGUUUAUUUAUCAUCGUUCAACCUCUACUCAAAUUUUGAUGUUAGCAAUGGAAAGCAAAUUACGCAGGAAGAGAGUUUGUAUCAGAACUUAUAAACAAAUCAUGGCGUCUGAAACAGAGAUUUAUUAACUAAUUUUGAUGUAUUUCUGAACUAAUGCAAACUUAUGGAGAUCUUUAAGUUGAACUAACAGUGAAGUCGGCGGAAUACGCCUCGUUUGUAGAUAAUUUUUUCAUAAUCAUGACCUUAAGCUUUCAUAACCAUGAUCUUAAAACAUAAAACUUUAUGAUAAUUAAAUAAUCAAAUUUAUAAUAUUACUAAUAAUAUUACUGUAAUGCAACAUUAUUUUAUUGCUACUGCUCUUAUUAACUUGCACUUUACAUUUUGAAAUUGUCUACUUUAUUUAUUUCAUUGUUUA